GCGGCGCGCGGCGUGGCCGGUGCUCGCCGGGGCUCGCGGGGCGCACGCGGCGGGGCAUGGCGGUCGCGGGCCCGAAGCGGCGCGCGCAGGCGGCCGCGGCGGCCGAGGAGGAGGAGCGGCAGGCGCGGGAGAAGAUGCUGGCGGCGCGGCGCGCGGACGGCGCGGCCCCGGGCGGCGAGGGCGAGGGCGUGACCCUGCAGCGCAGCAUCACGCUGCUCAACGGCGUGGCCAUCAUCGUGGGCACCAUCAUCGGCUCGGGCAUCUUCGUGACGCCCACGGGCGUGCUCAAGGAGGCGGGCUCGCCGGGGCUGGCGCUGGUGGUGUGGGCCGCGUGCGGCGUGCUGUCCAUCGUGGGCGCGCUGUGCUACGCCGAGCUGGGCACCACCAUCUCCAAGUCGGGCGGCGACUACGCCUACAUGCUGGAGGUCUACGGCUCGCUGCCCGCCUUCCUCAAGCUCUGGAUCGAGCUGCUCAUCAUCCGGCCGUCCUCGCAGUACAUCGUGGCGCUGGUCUUCGCCACCUACCUGCUCAAGCCGGUCUUCCCCACCUGCCCGGUGCCCGAGGACGCCGCCAAGCUCGUGGCCUGCCUCUGCGUGCUGCUGCUCACGGCCGUGAACUGCUACAGCGUGAAGGCCGCCACCCGGGUCCAGGACGCCUUCGCUGCCGCCAAGCUCCUGGCGCUGGCCCUGAUCAUCCUGCUGGGCUUCGUGCAGAUCGGGAAGGGUGAAGCGUCUAAUCUGGAUCCCAAGUUCUCAUUUGAAGGCACCAACCUGGACGUGGGGAACAUCGUGUUGGCGUUAUACAGUGGCCUCUUUGCCUACGGAGGAUGGAACUACUUGAAUUUUGUCACGGAGGAGAUGAUCAACCCCUACAGGAACCUGCCUCUGGCCAUCAUAAUCUCCCUGCCCGUCGUGACGCUGGUGUACGUGCUCACGAACCUGGCCUACUUCACCACCCUGUCCACCGAGCAGAUGCUGACGUCGGAGGCCGUGGCCGUGGACUUCGGGAACCACCACCUGGGGGUCAUGUCCUGGAUCAUCCCCGUCUUCGUGGGCUUGUCCUGCUUCGGCUCCGUCAACGGGUCCCUGUUCACGUCCUCCAGGCUGUUCUUCGUGGGGUCCAGGGAGGGCCACCUGCCCUCCGUCCUGUCCAUGAUCCACCCACACCUCCUGACGCCCGUGCCGUCCCUCGUGUUCACGUGCGCCAUGACGCUGCUGUACGCCUUCUCCAACGACAUCUUCUCCGUCAUCAACUUCUUCAGCUUCUUCAACUGGCUGUGCGUGGCCCUGGCCAUCAUCGGCAUGAUGUGGCUGCGCUUCCGGAAGCCGGAGCUGGAGCGGCCCAUCAAGGUGAACCUGGUCCUGCCCGUGUUCUUCACCCUGGCCUGCCUGUUCCUGAUUGCUGUCUCCUUCUGGAAGACCCCCGUGGAGUGCGGCAUCGGCUUCAUCAUCAUCCUCAGCGGGCUGCCCGUCUACUUCAUCGGGGUCUGGUGGAAAAACAAGCCCAAGUGGCUCCUGCAGGGCAUCUAUUCCAUGACCGUCCUCUGCCAGAAGGUCAUGCAGGUCGUCCCGCAGGAAACAUAAGCAGAGCCGAGAAGCUGCCGGAAA